GGAGAAGAGUCAGGGUGCAGAACGCCCGCGCCCAAUCCCUAUUCUCUGGCCUGUGACCGCAUUCGUCCCGCCCUCUGCACUUCUAUAAGAGCGGCAGAGAGAGCGCACUGGGAGUACCGCUCCCAGGCGCGCUACUUCUCCCGCUCCUCAAGAGUCCGUACCACUGUCCCCAGGGCUGCCGGCUACCGGAUACUAGUUCCUCCCCUUCUCGACCCCCAGCACGGGGUGGCUGAGCUAGGCGCUAGAUCCUCUGCUGUCUUGUUCUCCGGGCCCUAGGCAAUCCCCCCCGCAGUGUUGGUCCGCAGGUGAGCAGCGCUGCAGCGCCGCUGUCAGGCGAGCUCACCUUGCACAGCCCGGCAGCCAGCGCAAAACUUUGGUCCCUGCAGGAUGAAGAACCCGAUGUUGGAAGCGGUGUCACUCCUCCUGGAGAAGCUACUCCUCAUCUCCAACUUCAAGCUCUUUAGCGUAUGCACUCCCGGAGGAGGCACAGAGAGGAAUCGGCCCUAUGAAAUCAGCUCUUUUCUCCGGGGCGAUGUGCUGGAAGUGUCACGGACCCAUUUUACCCACUAUGGGAUCUACCUCGGGGACAACCGUGUCGCCCAUCUAAUGCCCGACAUCCUGUUGGCCCUGACCAAGGACAAGGGACGUACUCAGAAGGUGGUCUCCAACAAGCGUCUUAUCCCGGGAGUCAUUUGCAAGGUGGCCAGCAUCCGUGUGGACACAGUAGAGGACUUUGCCUACGGAGCAGACAUUCUCGUCAAUCACCUUGACGAGACUCUCAAAAAGAAGUCAUUGCUUAAUGAGGAGGUGGCAUGCAGGGCUGAGCAGCAGUUGGGGCUCACCCCUUAUAGCCUACUGUGGAACAACUGCGAACACUUUGUGACCCACUGCAGAUAUGGCGCUCCGAUCAGUCCACAGGCUGAGAAGUUUCAUGAGACUGUGAAGAUAAUCAUUCGUGAUCAGAGGAGUUCUCUUGCUUCAGCUGUCUUGGGACUAGUGUCCAUUGUCUACAUGGGCCUGGCAUCAUAUAUGACCUUUCCUGCAAUCUGUAUCCCAUUCUGCUUGUGGAUGAUGUCUGACUAGAUUCCAAUCCCCAUGUGAAUGUGUAUGGAGUUUGUGUGGGACUAUGUUUAUAUUUAGAGAACACAAGACAUUAGAAGCUUGUUGAGAAAACGUGGCAUUCAACACUGUGUUCUAGAUAAACAAAAGUGACUAAGAAUCAUACACAGUGCUUACCAUGUAAGCCGAACAGAGCCUUUCCGUGUCCUCUCAGGCAGUUCCGCUGCAGCGCACCAUGAGCCCUUGGAAGCACAGCAGCCUGUCAGGACUCAGCAGCCCCACAAAAGCAGCCCCUGAGGUGACAUUCACAGGAGAGUAUCUGGGUUAUUCUUGUCCUCCUGUAAUCAUUAUGCUGUUAUCAACUGAGAUCGCUAACUUUACUGUAACUGUAUUCUGCUUAUUGAAUGACCGGUAUUAAAGGGAACAUUUUCCUUCAUUUA